UUCCUACUAUCCCUUUCUUUGAAUGUCAAAUUUAGUAAAUUUUUAUAACAUUCAGGGCAGAACAAAGUCAAUAAUUUCCCCUAAAGUAUUAGUUAAAACUUUUAGCAAAAGCAAAUAAAAAUCCCAACAUGUGAAUUGAUUUAGAAAUCUUUCAGAAAUAUGAUUUGUACAGAACUGAGGCAGUAGGAUUAUACGACAUCACAGAAUUCCCAUAUCAAUUGAUACGUGAAAAUGUUCGUCCCAUCUGAAUCGCAGAAAAAGUCUUUUUUGGAGCAUACCAAAGCAGCUAGAGAGGAGCGUGCAUGGGAAAAGCGCCGGGAAGGGGCUGCCGUGCGAAUACAGGCGCAAUGGAAAGGAUAUGUGACGCGAAGGCAGUAUCACAAUAGGAUAAUCUCCGACUUUGAUAAUUUAAUAGCAAGCGAAGGAAAUGAAAAGGAUGUAGAACUUUUGCCUGCAAAUAUUGUGUACCCAGUUGUACGACGUUUCCUAACGUAUUUUCAAUGCAGAAAACAAUCUCUCGAGGCGGAAACAUCUCGUGAGAAGUUUGAAUGUUUGUGUCGGUAUCUAAAUAAAGCCAUGGAAUCAGAUUCUCCAAAAACGUCUUAUGCAGCUAUCUGUUUGCAUAAAGAUAAGAGCUUGCCUUGGCUGGCACAUAUCAAAUCGUUAGUGGGUCUGUGCUGUCAAAUGUUGGAUGAAAUUAAACCGGAGCAUCAUUCGGAUAGUAUAUCAUUGGCUUUGUACCUGCAUACAUUGGUCGUUUUCACAUCACCAAAAUCUUGGGGUAUUCUCCGAAGCAAACAAUUUGAGAAAGUGCAGCCUGCGUUGCAGAAAAUAUGCUGCAAUAUUCAGGGAAACUUGGUACAAAAUGGAUUUUUCAAAACAAUGCGCUCGAUCCUAUUAAAAGGCACAUCACGGGAGGAUCUUUCUAUUAAACCUGUGUCGCUUAAAGCUAUAAUGACUCUAUGCACCCGGCCUCUUAUCGAUGGUGACUUCAGUCGAAAUAUAUUGACUCAAUUUUUGGCAGAAAUACUAUCGGUUCCGGCUUUAGUGUACCAUUUAAAUAUUAUCACACCGCAAUGCAUAGAACAGCUUACCUCGAUGCAGGUACUCAAACGAUUUCUUCAGUCUGCCGAGGAUACUAACUUUUUUUCAGGGUUUAAAAGCAGUAUGCCAGGGACAAAAUUGCUUGCAUUUUUGGGAAAUGUUGUAAAUCUUUUUACAAUUGAAAGUCCUGUAGAAGCAAAAGAACUGGCUUAUCCUCUUUUUACGAACGCAACCACUGUACUCCUUGAAAAUAUUCCCAACACAGUAUCUAGUAAAGGCGUAUUUACGCAAUGGCAUGAACUUCUUGGCUGGCAUACGCCCUCAUUGGAUCCAGCACAAAACCAAAAUGUAGCUCUAAUCAAAAAACAGUUUCAUUUGCUGUGGGGUCAUCGAUGCAUUAAAGUCCUGUUAGUUGACUUGCUACGGAAUAUCAAUGCCACUUACGAACGUAUAGAAUUCCAAUCACCUUCACAGGCAUCUACAAGCAACUUAAUUCGGCGAGCAUUAGAUCGCGGUUCAACACGGGGCAAUUUCAGUAGAGGCAGUAGAACAUGGCGUCGGAUGGAUGGAAAUGAAGUCGAACAUGUAUCACGCGUAUGCGCAAUGUUUUAUGCGGCUCUAAAUACGCUUUCGCAACUCAGACUUGACAUAUUAACAGGCAUAUGUUACAACGAUAACGUUUUAUACGACCUGUGGCUACUUUUGACGUCACUGGGCCCGAAUUGCGGCAUGAAAGAGUUUAUUGAUCUGCUAAAGCAAGAAAACGCUUUGCAGCACCCCCAGAUCGCCAUGUUGAUGCUUUUUUGUGACAGCAUGACGCAUUAUGUUACAAUCUUAGAUGAAUAUGAAAUGUAUACGGAGCAAAAGCCGUUUCUUCUUAAUGACUUCAUCAUGCUUACUUAUUUUCUCAACAAUAUACUUUACAAAAUUAUAAACGAAAAUUUGUUAGGAACGAAAAAUGUUACUCAAUGUCCGGUGUUCGUAUCUUUGCACACGUUGCUGCUGUGUCUUUACCGGCGGGACUGUCGUCGCUCAUUUGCGCCAAGCAACCAUUGGCUCAUACCAGAAGUGAAGCCUACGACAUUCAUCAGUGAUUUGGAAAAGGCUAAACGACACGCUGUGAUUUUGCUGCAAAAAAUGCCCCACAUUAUUCCCCAUGAAGAUCGUGUUAAGCUGUUUCGUAAGUUCGUACAGAAUGAAAAGGCUGUUAUGGGCUUGACGGAGAGCGCCUGUGCCUCGCCGCGUUCCGCAUUGAUCGUAGUGCAUCGCGACCGCAUUGUGGAGGACGGCUACCGACAGUUGGCGGCGCUGAGACCACAUGCACUUAAGGGAGUUAUUCGUGUGCGUUUCAUCAACCAGCAAGGCUUGCAUGAGGCCGGCAUUGAUCAGGAUGGCGUCUUUAAGGAAUUUCUGGAGGAAACAAUCAAGAAAGUGUUUGAUCCUUCGCUGAAUUUGUUCAAAACGACUUCGGAUCAGCGAUUAUAUCCCUCCCCUAUAUCAUAUGUGCAAGACAAUCAUUUGCAGCUGUUCGAAUUUGUGGGACGAAUGUUGGGCAAAGCGGUGUAUGAAGGCAUAGUUGUGGACGUGCCAUUCGCUUCGUUCUUUCUCUCACAGCUUUUGGGCCAGACACAUCAAGCGCUGUACUCCUGUAUGGAUGAGCUGCCAUCAUUGGACAACGAGCUCUAUCGCAGCCUCACAUUCAUUAAGCAUUACAAACAAGAUGUGUCUGACUUGAAUUUAACUUUUUCGGUGGAUCAGGAUGUCAUGGGGAAAAUUGUAACACACGAAUUGCAUCCCGGUGGGAAAGCUCGCGCGGUUACCGACCACAACAAACUGGUGUACAUCCACUACAUGGCUUACUUCCAUAUGAACACACAAAUCCGCGAACAGACGCAGGCCUUUAAUCGUGGUUUUCGCAGUAUUGUUAAUCCAGAAUGGUUGUCUUUAUUUUCACCCCCGGAGCUGCAACGUCUCAUUUCUGGCGAUACUGUGCCAUUAGAUCUGCGAGAUCUUAGGAAACAUACUCAGUAUUAUGGUGGAUUCCACGAUUCGCACAGGGUUGUUGGUUGGUUAUGGGACAUUUUGGCCAAAGAUUUCACCGAGGAGGAGCGCAAAUUAUUUCUUAAGUUUGUGACUAGUUGUUCAAAACCUCCGCUGUUGGGGUUUGCCAAUCUGGAGCCGCCAUUUUCUAUUCGCUGUGUUGAAGUUGGUGACGACGAGGAUACGGGCGACACUAUUGGUAGUGUCAUACGUGGUUUUUUCACCAUCCGCAAGAAGGAUCCACUUAAUCGCUUGCCAACAUCAUCCACAUGUUUUAAUUUACUGAAGUUGCCAAACUACCAGAAGAAGUCAACAUUGCGUGACAAAUUGCGAUACGCUGUUAGCAGCAAUACAGGAUUUGAGUUGUCCUAAAAAAAUGUAUUAUUUAAGCAAAAAGUUUCAGCCUGCAAAGUCAUAACUUAUUAACAACACUAACAUAAAGUGUCACAAUAACGUCUGGUAUCGCUACGAGUCUACAUAUCAGCCAGCUUCAAAUUCGAGCCGUUGAACCCUAUAUUCGAUUUUUCUCUGAGAAGUAACUCAUAUGCCCAACUUUAUUUUUAAAUUAUG